AAACUGAAACUCAGUGGAGCAUUUCCCGUAAUGGACACACCCUGAAAGAUAUGCCAUGCCUGCUUUCAGAACAAACGAUCAGCCUUAGAAGCGACAUCUGCUUAUUGGUUUAAGGUGUGUCCAAGACGGUUGAUCUCUGCUCAGACUGAAUUUUUCAUCACAAAGGCUUAAACAUGUGGACAGAGAGUGACUUGUAUCCAGGUGUGCCGUGUCUCCAAAGCAAUACAGAGCCUGUGAGUGGUAAAAUAUACCGAAUGUAUCACGGGACUACUGAAAGAGCAGCAGAACAGAUCAAAGUCGAUGGCUUUCAGCCAUCUCAAGAUGGAAUGCUGGGACGUGGCGUCUACCUCAGCCGAGAUCUUAACAAGGCCAGCAGAUACCCGCUUGAAACGCCACAUGAGAGAGUUGUUAUUAGAGUGAAGGUUGAUGUUGGGAAAGUGAAGAAGAUUGAUCAUAAAGGUCAUCCAAUGCAGAAAACCUGGCAUGUUAAUGGCUACGACACUGCCUGGUGCCCUCCAAAAUGUGGCAUGGUGCCAAGCGGUCUUGAGGAAGACUGUGUUUGGGAUCAGAAGCGAAUCACUGUUAUUGAUGUAAUUCCACCAAGCCUUCAAAACACUAUUCCAGCUGAUCCAGUUGAAGGCAAAAACUACACAAUGUUUUAUGGCACAUCUAAGGAGGAUGCAGAAAAAAUCAAAGCAUAUGGCUUUUGUCAGUCUAACGGCACACUUGGACGUGGAGUUUACCUCAGCCGAGAUGUAGAAAAGGCCUUUAAUGUCCCUGCGCAUCUACCUAUGCAUCAGAGAAGCGUUCUGAGAGUGAAGGUCAAUGUUGGUAAAGUGAAAAAGAUUGAUUAUCUAGGUCAUCCAUUGCAGAAAACCUGGCAUGAUAAUGAGUAUGACACUGCCUGGUGCCCUCCACACUGUGGCAUGGUGCGAAGUGGUUUUGAGCAAGACUGUGUUUGGGAUCCAAGACGAAUCACAGUCAUUGAUGUCAUUCGUCCAAUCUAAGGAGUAUGUGAUGUUUGCUUGCUGAGCAAUAAAAUGAGCAAUAUUUUAUCCUAAAAUAUGGUGUUUUAUUGAGAAUUUUAUCAUUAUACAGUGCUCUGAUGUCUUACAACAUUAUCUGGUGCUGAAG